UCUCCGCCUUCCCAAAAAGACAAACCCCAUUAUCACGCUCUUCUUUAUACUCUCUCUCUCUCUCUCUUAUAUCUUCCAUUGUUGUUCUAUUUUCUUCUUCACUCAUAUAGAUCAAUACAAUCUGAACCCAGAAGAAAAAUAUAGCUCAAAUUUCGAAGCAAGACUCUAGCCAUAUAAAAGAGAAAGAGAAAGCAUGGGUAGAGGGAGGGUUGAACUGAAGAGGAUAGAGAACAAAAUCAACAGGCAAGUGACUUUCUCAAAAAGAAGGAACGGUCUGAUGAAGAAAGCUUAUGAACUGUCAGUGCUUUGCGAUGCUGAGGUUGCUCUUAUCAUUUUCUCUGGUCGUGGCAAGCUCUAUGAAUUCGGAAGUGCUGGUAUUACCAAAACCUUGGAGAGAUACCAGAGAUGCACUUUUACUUCUCAAGACACCAAUGUUCUCGAGCUCGAAACUCAGAGCUGGAGUCAAGAGGUGUCAAAGCUAAAGGCAAAGUACGAGUCUCUACAGAGGACUCAAAGGCAUUUGCUUGGAGAAGAUCUUGGACCACUGAAUGUGAAAGAGCUUCAGAAUCUCGAGAAACAGCUUGAGGGAGCUCUAGCUCAAGCCAGGCAAAGGAAGACGGAAAUUAUGAUUGAACAAAUGGAAGAUCUUCGCAGAAAGGAACGCCAUCUGGGAGACAUGAAUAAGCAACUUAGACUCAAGCUGGAAGCAGAGGGAUAUAAUGUGAAGGGCAUAGAAAGCUUGUGGAGCUGCCAUUCUCAGUCAGGAGGAGCAGGAUCGGGUGUGGCCGCAUUUCCCAACUUCCCCCUGCAACCAUCCCAUCACACCAACCCCAACCCUCUGGACUGUUCUCCCCACCCUUUCCUGCAAAUCGGGUACCACCAUCAAUAUGUGGAAGCAGAGACGUCUAAUAAUGCUUCCAACAAGGCCAUGCUUGCUGAAACCAACUUCAUGCAGGGAUGGCUUCUUUGACCCCGGCCGUCUCCUCUCUCUUAAUCAUAUAUACAUCAUCACUUAAUUAAUCGCUGUUAUAUCUGUAUUUACAAGCACAUUUGGGCUUUCACUUUGAUAUAUAUGCUUGUCAACAUAUUAUACAUGUAUUCGGAAGCUUAUCUAUAUUGCAGACUUGAUUCUAAUAGCUAGCUUCUCUUCAAAGUAA